GUUGUCCCUCGGUUAUCCCAGGACUCUCUUUCUCUUUCCCACUGAUGCGUCGAGGCGUGCCAGUGUGUUCAUGUGAUGCAGGAAGGAUGUGUCCUAAAAGAGUUUGCAUCAAGCCAAACUGCAUCACUUCUGAGUCUGACACCGUUCAGCACUCGGAUAUUCCCCCUUUCGUUUUGCAGUUACAUCGGGUGAAAGGGAAGAAACCGAAGAGAACGAGAGAAGGAUUGUGAAAUGGGAGCUACGGCAUCAUCCGCGCAACAAGACAGCAGAUGUGAGGAGGAAGCAGCGGCGGAGGAGCUCACUGCAGCGGCGAGCGAUGCUCAGGAUGACGGCAGUGCUGAUGACAAGUUAUUACAGAAAAACGGGCAGAUCUCCAGUUUGAAUGUAAAGACAAGGAAUCAUGCAGAUGAAUUAAAUGGCAACUUUGAGGAGAGAGUACUUGCAGAUGUUGGCUCAGGGUUUGUUACUCUGAAAGAAUAUAGCACAGAAACAAUUGAAGACCUCCAGGAAAUGGAUGCUCUUCAACCAGUCACAAAGAUUGAGAGCACAGAGAUGGUUAAUGCAGAUAGUAUGAUUGUGAAGGAGGAAACUGUGGAGGACAACCAAGUGAAUGAUAUCAAUGAAGUUGGCUUCAAAAAAAUCUUCAGAUUUGUUGGAUUUAAGUUUACCCUAAAAGAAGACUCAUGUGAAAAGACUGAAUCAGAUGAAGAAGAAGAAAAAAUCACAAGUCCCUCAGAGGACUCCAGUGACACCCAGGAGAACAGUGCAGUGGCAGCAAAUGAAAACACACCUGAUGAGACUCGAAAAAGUGAGGUGUCUUCCCAGCCUGAUGCAGCUGAACCCUCUCAACAAACAGACAAUGAAAAAGAGCUGGAUCAGGACAUAAAGAUAGUGGAACAUCAUGUGGAGGACACACCUGAGAAAGAACUGGAAAAAGAAGGAAGUCCUGAGCCGGAAGAACCGAUGUCACCAAUCAAGCAAUUCUUUACACAAGGACUCUUUGCCAGUUUAAGAAAGAAAAAGAUAGAAGAGGAAAUGCAAAAAGAGAUUAAGGAAGAGGAACUCAAAAGAACUGAGAGAAUGGGUGUAGAAGAGGCCGAAAAAGAGGACAGUAAAUGUAUACGCCUUGAUAUCCCUUAUAUUACAUCAGAGGAAGAAAAAGAUUCACAGGAGAAAGACAAUGAAAAGUUGUUACCUGAAGUAGAGCUUCAGAAUUCUCUAGGAAAAGAUAAGGUACAAGGAAGUCCACUUAAAAGACUUUUCAGGAAAUUUUCCACAAGAAGGCAGCGAGAAAGUAAAGCUGCAGAAAAGGUGAUUGAGGCAGAGGAACAAGUCUCUGAACAGCCGAAACCAUCCUCGGAAUUGGCAGAGCUUGCAAAAGUGGAGGAACCAGUGGUUGGGGACCCAAAACCUGCUGAAGAGGAGCUGGUGGCUGAUGUAAGCCCUCAAGAGUCCAAAAAGAAAUCUGACACCACCGUUUCCUGGGAGGCACUGAUUUGUGGUGGUUCUGCUAAAAAAAGAGCUAGAAAAACAAAUGAGGAUGAAACGCCAGACAAAGGAGAGGAAUAUGAGAAAACAACUGACUCUCCACUGGGAAGUUCCAUUGAGGGCGAUUUUGAUCAUCUCACAUCAUCUAAUGAACAAACUGGAAGUCCUGCAGAGGGAGAGAUGGGAUCCACAUGGAAAACGUUUAAAAAAAUGGUCACCCCGAAGAGAAAGGUCAGAACUGGAGAAAGUAGUACCCCUGAGCAGAUACCUUCAGACAGUGAGAUGAACAAAGACGAACCAUUUUCUAGGAAGAAACUCAUUCCAGGGCAUAAAAAGAGAAAAUCAGAUGAAAGGAAAGACCAGACAUCCUCCGAUGAGGCUGCAAAGGAUCAUGAAACAGGUGAUGAAGAUGAUGAAACCCCAGCUAUUAUUCCUCUGUCUGAGUAUGAAAUAAUUGAGCCUGAAAGUCUGAAGGAGGUGCAUGAGCAACGAGUUGAAAUCACAAUAGAACAUGAGAUGCCAGAGAUGACUUCACAAGUGUUAGAACAGGACACAUCUAAUAACUUUGUGCCCAAAAUUGCAGCUAAAGUUCCAAUUAACACUGGACCAACAGUCAUACGUGGAUUAUCAGAAGACUUUGAAGAAUUUACAGACUUUGUGAGCAAACAUCAGCAACUGAGUGAUAUUCCAGAAGAAGGCAUCAAUGAGGAAAGCAUUGAAACACCAGUAUCAUCUGCUGAGUGGACAACACAGGAUGACACCUUAGCUGAGGACAUUGUGGAGUUGACAGCAGAACUAUCAAGUGAACAAUUUAUUGGGGAUGACACUACUGAAAUGGUCUCGGCAGUCUCGCAACUAACCGAUUCACCCAGGUCAUCUGGGCAUGUUACACCAGUGUCAGCUGAAUAUGGCAUACAUACAUCAGAUGUGAUCCUACAGGAAGCUAUUCAAUCUAUCUGCAUGACUCCAAGUUUUCAGUCAGUUACUACAAAAGAUGAAAGCCAAGAAUCUCUGGCCGUGUCAUUUUCACCUUAUAUUGUACAGUCCUCCACAACAGAGCAAACAAAGGUUUUGGUUGCACAUAAGAAAACUGAGGCAACAGCAAUAUGUACAGGCCUAGAAUCUCAAGAAAUAGAAUCUGUUUAUGAACAUCCUCCUGCACCCUUAGUGGAGGUAAUACCUGAAGUAAGUGAUGCUGUCCCAACUGAAUUAGUCUCUGAUAACUUUACAAAUGAAACUGAAAUUGCAGGACUUUGGACAGAUAAGGUCUAUGAGGCUGAAAUUAAGGAAAUAAAGACUGAGUAUCAGGAAGUAAUUGUAAGUGAAAAGGAAUCUGCCAUUGAAACUGAGCUAAGUGUAAAGCAAGUUAUUCAAUUAGUGGCAGAGCCUCUUGUGGGAGAAUCAGAGGAGACUGAUAUGGAGGAACAAAUAGAGGAAUGUACAACUGGUAUUGAACUCAGACAGGUGAUUGAGACAAUGCAAAGUGAAGCUGGGCUGGAACAGUUUAUGUCAGACUACACCCAUGGUCCUGAAACAGAGUGUCCACUGCAUUCAGUGUUAGAGGAACCUGUAUAUGAACAACCAGUAGCUGCUGAACCUGAAAAAGAGCUCACGCUUUCAGAUGUUGAAUUGUACGUUGCUGAGUAUGAUCAACCUGCAUCCACUGAAGUAGUUGAGUCUUUGACACAUGGUGAUAUAGACAGCAGUCCUGGCACUACCACAAGUAAAGAAGUCAAAGAAAUAGAAAUGAAUGCUUCUGCUGUGGAGUGUCUGGAAAUCACAGAGACUGAUAGUAUUAUAAGUCCAAUUUCAGAUCACAUACAGGCAGAGAAACUGGAAUUAGAAGGGAGUUUAAAAUUAGAAGCAGUUGAAUCAAUACAUGUUGAUGCCUGUGAAAUACAAGUUGACGUAAAAGAUGCAGUCUUAUUAGCAGGUGAUUCAGCGGUGACUGUGGAGAACAUCAGUGGGAAAAUGGAAGAAAAAGAUUAUGAAAAAAUGGCACAGCAGGACAUUAAGGAAAUACAUGUAGAAGAAGAGACAGGGGAUGUUAUUACUUCAGAAGUCGUUAAAAAUAUUGAGGUUGAAAAUAUUUCAGAAGCUGGAGAUAAAUCAUUAGCCAGAGAACAGCUGCCAGCCAAGGAGGUGUCUCUUCCAGAACCAGUAUUAGUUGAAGAGGCUGAAGAGCUCCAUAAAGAAGACAUUCAAAUACAUUUGGAUGAUAAAGUGGAAGACAGUGCAACUGACAGAACGGAUGGGAUUUUUGUGAAAGAGGAAGAGGAACAUGCAGUGAAGGAAGGGCGACCUCUGACAGACAGCAAUGAAACUUUUACUGAUAAAUCUCCUGAAAUAAUUGUUGAUGCAGGAAGUGAAAUUGGAGACAUGGUUUAUAAAAUAAGAGAACACACAGUUGUUUCUGCACUUUCAAAAGAUGUAUCUGAGCACACAGAAACACCAGAAGAGCCUGAUGCUAGUUCUGAAGUCAUACUAAAACCUCUAGAGAUAGUAUUGCCAAAAGUUGAAGCAAAACCUGUAGCAACAGAAAUUGUGGUUUCUCAAACAGAAGACUGGUGUCAAGACUCCAAACCAAGUCCAGAACUUCCCAAAGAGAAUGCACAACCAGCAACAACGGAGAAUAUUAAGACUGGUAAAGUUUUAGGGAUGGUUGCCAUUAUUGAGAACACAACAAAACAAUCUGGGAAAGAGAGGCCUAUGGUGUCUGAACCAGUAACACAGGUACUUGCAAAAUCUAAACUACCAAAAGCAACAGAACAAGAGGGUGAAGCAAUAGGUGGUGACCAGGCCCCAGCAAUGACAUCGUCAGAAAUGAAAGAAACAACAGUUCCAGAAGAAAAAGAUACAAUGGCUGUUGCUCCCAAACCAGAACCAGAAGGGUUUGAUUCAGGGCCGGCUAUGAUUGAAGUGCCUACAAUCACAGAGCUGGCACAAAAUUAUACUGCUGCAGAAAUAGAGGUUAGUAAUAUGAGUGAAAAGAAGAAUGAAGAAGAUGAAAAUGCUAGUCUAAAAUGUGAACCUCAUGAACAAGUAACAGAAAAGAUACUGUCAAAUGAGUUGCAGGUAGACAAGACAGAAAUUAAAGAUGAAAUAACUGCAGUAAUGGAAAUAACACCCACUGCACAAGAAUCACCACUGACCUCUGAAGUUACAGCAAAAAUGCCAGAAGUUGCUGUUUCUGAGAUACAGUCACAAGUAGUGAGUGAACUCAGGGCUGAGACACUUGAAGUGACAGAACCAAAGGUAGAAAUUACAGUGGCAUCAGAAGUGAAAGUAGAGACAACUGUAGAAACACCAGUUUUUUCUGUCACAGCAGUAAAAUCAACUCCAGCUGCAGUAGAGAAAACAGCCGUGUCCCCUGUAGUAGAGAUCCCAGCCACAGUAACAUCUGUUGUGGAGACUCCAGCUGUUGUUUCAGUUGAAGAGACUGUACCUCCAGAAGAGGUUACACUAGAUGUGACCUCAUUUGCAGAAACACCUGUGAGACAAGUAAUUGAAACUCCCAUUGUCUCCAUCACAUCAGUAAAACCAACUGUAUCUGAAGUGGCAAAGACACCAGACACUGCUAUGAUUUCAAUGACAGUGGCAGAAGCUGUAUCUCCUGUAGUAGUUACAUCAGCUGGAACUCCAAUAGCAUCAGAAACAGUUAUGAUCCCAGAAGUAAAAACCUCAGUAGUAACUUCGGCUGCUGAGACAUCACUUGUGACACCAGUGGUAGAAACACCAGCUCAGAUUUCAGUAAUUGCAACACAUGCAGCGCCUCCAGUUACACCAGCAGCAUCAGAAACAUCAGCUGUGAUCCCAGCUGUAGAAACAGCUGUUGUUGCAGUUCCAGUUGCAGUGGUUAAGACACCAGUUGUGACCCAAUUAGUACAGACACCAGGUCAGGUUUCAGUGAUGGUAACAGAGACUGUCCCUCCGGUAGUUGUUUCAGAAGAGACUGCAGCAGUAGAAACACCUGUUGAGUUCCCAGUAUUACAAACUCCUGUUGUAAAUUCAGCUUCAGUUGCAGUGGAUAAGACACCAGUUGUGACCCUAGUGGUACAGACACCAGGUCAGGUUUCAGUGAUGAUAACAGAGACUGCACCUCCAGUAGAUGUUUCAGCAGUGACUGCAGCAGUAGAAACACCUGUUGUGAUCCCAGUAGUAGAAACUCCCAUUGUAAAGUCAACUCCAGUUGCAGUGGUUGAGACACCAGUUGUGACCCCAGUGGUACAGACACCAGGUAAGGUUUCAGUGAUGGUAACAGAGCCUACACCUCCAGUACUUGUAUCAGUGGUGACUGCAGCAGUAGAGGCACCUGUUAUAAUUCCAGUAGUAGAAACUCCUGUUGUAAAGUCAACUCCCGUUGUAGUGGUUGAGACACCAGUUGUGACCCCUGUGGUACAGACACCAGGCCAGGUUUCAGUGAUGGUAACAGAGCCUACACCUCCAGUACUUGUAUCAGCGGUGACUGCAGCAGUAGAAACACUUGUUGAGAUCCCAGUAGUAGAAACUCCUGUUGUAAAGUCAACUCCCGUUGUAGUGGUUGAGACACCAGUUGUGACCCCUGUGGUACAGACACCAGGCCAGGUUUCAGUGAUGGUAACAGAGCCUACACCUCCAGUACUUGUAUCAGCGGUGACUGCAGCAGUAGAAACACUUGUUGAGAUCCCAGUAGUAGAAACUCCUGUUGUAAAGUCAACUCCCGUUGUAGUGGUUGAGACACCAGUUGUGACCCCUGUGGUACAGACACCAGGCCAGGUUUCAGUGAUGGUAACAGAGCCUACACCUCCAGUACUUGUAUCAGCGGUGACUGCAGCAGUAGAAACACUUGUUGAGAUCCCAGUAGUAGAAACUCCUGUUGUAAAGUCAACUCCCGUUGUAGUGGUUGAGACACCAGUUGUGACCCCUGUGGUACAGACACCAGGCCAGGUUUCAGUGAUGGUAACAGAGCCUACACCUCCAGUACUUGUAUCAGCGGUGACUGCAGCAGUAGAAACACUUGUUGAGAUCCCAGUAGUAGAAACUCCUGUUGUAAAGUCAACUCCCGUUGUAGUGGUUGAGACACCAGUUGUGACCCCUGUGGUACAGACACCAGGCCAGGUUUCAGUGAUGGUAACAGAGCCUACACCUCCAGUACUUGUAUCAGCGGUGACUGCAGCAGUAGAAACACUUGUUGAGAUCCCAGUAGUAGAAACUCCUGUUGUAAAGUCAACUCCCGUUGUAGUGGUUGAGACACCAGUUGUGACCCCUGUGGUACAGACACCAGGCCAGGUUUCAGUGAUGGUAACAGAGCCUACACCUCCAGUACUUGUAUCAGCGGUGACUGCAGCAGUAGAAACACUUGUUGAGAUCCCAGUAGUAGAAACUCCUGUUGUAAAGUCAACUCCCGUUGUAGUGGUUGAGACACCAGUUGUGACCCCUGUGGUACAGACACCAGGUCAGGUUUCAGAUAUGGUAACAGACACUACAUUUCCAGUAGUUGUUUCAGCAGUAACUGCAACAGUUGAAACACCUGUUAUGAUCCCAGUAGUAGAAAGUCCAGUAGUAAAGCCAGCUCCAUUUGCAGUGGUUGAGACACCAGUUUUGACUCCAGUGACACAGACACCAUGUCAGGUUUUAGUGGCAGUACCAGAAGCUACUCCUCCAGUAGUUGUUUCAGCAGUGACUGCAGCAGCAGAAACACCUGUUGUGAUCCCAGUAGUGGAAACUCCAACUCCAGUUGUAGUGGCAGAGACACCAGUUGUAACACCAGUGAUGAUGACACCAACUGUGACUCCAGUAGCGGAAAGGUCAGUUGUGAGCCUAGUACUAGAAACUACCACAGAAGCACCAACUGCAAUUGCAAUGGCAGAGAGACCUGUUAUGAUCCCAGUGGUACAGACACCAGCUCUAGUUUCAGGGAUUGCAAAAGAGGCUGCACCUCCAGUAGUUCUACCAGCAAUGACUGCAGGAGUAGAAGUAAAGCCACCAGUGGCAGAGACACCAUUUUCAUUACCAGAAGUGCCUGCUGCGAUCCCAGCAGUGCAAACACCAGUUACAGAGCAGGUAGCACAGACACCGACGACACCAGCCAUGCUCUUGGUAAAGGCAACAUCAGUUGUAACUGGGAUGGAGGCACCCACUGUGACUACAUUAGAAAAGGCACGACAGAAGACACCAGUAGAAGAGACACCUACUUUAUCCCCUGUGAUGAUGGCACCAGCUAUUGCCGCAGUUGUAGUAGCAACAGCGCCACCUGUUGCUACACCAGAAGUAAAGAAAGCAAUGUUGCAGGUAGUUGAACAGGAGAAAAAGGAAGCAAAGUCAGAGGCUUCAGUUGUGUCUAAAGAUGUUGAACCACCAUUUGUGGCUGCGAAAGAGGUAAAGACAUCAGUUUUAACUCAAGAGUGUAUAUCAGAUGAAGAAAAUGGGAAGGUUUCCUUGCGGCAUACUUCAACAGAACCUCAGUCAGAGGUAGAGGAGGAUGUGUGGGAGGAUGCUGUAGAUAAUAUUGGAGAUUCCCCGUGUCAGGUGACACACACAGAGGAUGCACCCCAAGAUACUGCUGCUAAACAAAUAUCUGAUGCUGCAAUUUGAUAGUGGCAUGCUAAACCAGAUGAAAGAUUUGAAGUUGAGUUGGUAAGUCAUUUUAUUACAUUGCAUUCAGUUAUCAGUCAUUUUUGAUGUCGGAUUUAAAAAAAAAAAUCAUAACACUGAUUCUAUCAUUUCAGGUGCAAGUUUAACAAGGAAAAUUCAGAACAUUUAACACCUGGAAGAGGCUGUGCUCAGCACAAAAUCAGCUGGGAUUCACAUUUCUGACAACAAAGAAAUGACCAAACCACUGAGAAGUAAAAUUGCAUCAUUAAAGUUCCCUUAAGCAAAAGUGAAACCAAAAACAGUAGUUAUUCAGUUGAGAGGCUGUUUUUUGAUCAUUAACUACAUUUUUACAUUUUACUUUGAUGCAGAAAAUAUUUCAACAUAUAAAACCCUUCAAAAGCAGCUAUUUUGUCAUUUUUACUGAGGAAUUUUUGAAUAAUUAUUCAUACAUUAGCAUAAGCUUAUGCCACAUUAUAUCAUGUUGUUACAUAUCUAAAAAAAAAAAACAUUUGUACACAUGCAUUAUAUCUUGACCAUUUGGCAUAUUUAGCAUAAGAAAAUGAUUGUCAUUGUAGAAUGGGCAAUUCCUGGUAUUUAAAGAUAUUUACUAAAUCAAGGUUAAUUUCAUUUUGAACCAUCAUAUACCUCUUGAUUUGCAUCUAGGAUACAUUUAUUUUAUACUCUAAAUACGAUGUACAUUUUACCAAAUCUGUAAUGAGCAAAUCACUAUCAUGCUCUAUCAAAGAGAGAUUUAGACAGAAUUCAGUCAGCUGUAGUCAAUGACUGAAAAUGACAGAUUGUUUUACAAAGAACAGUCAAAAUCUUAUCAAACUCAUGAUUUAUUUUUGUUGCCAUGUCAUUGUUAUGAAUAUUUUUAUUUGUAAUUUACAGAAACACCCAAUCUUAG